AUGGUAUCAGUACCAACUGUCGGCGCCGUCGCCGCGUCAAAUUCCCACGGCGCCAGUGCGAGCUCGCGAAGUUCGCCUGCCGUAGGCGCUGGCUCGUCGAAACCGAAGCCCAAGGUCAACUCAAAUGGUUACCACCCUAUUAAUCCGCAGACGCCUCUCAGUUCUUUGUCGAGCGCUCCCCUAGAUCUAACCUCGGUCGAACGCCGAGGACAACCUACCGCAAUCCGAGAGCCCGUGACAAAGACGAGCCGCCCGCAUGGCCUCCAAGAAGCUCCCACCUACUGUCCAACCGAGGAGGAAUGGCGAGAUCCUUUCGAGUACAUGCGCAAGAUCACACCAGAAGCGAAGAAGUUUGGCAUCUGCAAGAUUAUUCCUCCAGAUUCCUGGAAUCCCGAUUUUGCCAUCGACACCGAGGACCCGAAAACAAGAGUUGAACUCGGUGGAAGGGAACUCAAAAAAGCUGUCGAGUCGCGAGGUGGCUUUGAAAAGCGAUGGCUUUGCCCGUACGAGGAGUACUUGCGCCUGGCGAAACCUGGAGUCCACCAGCAAUUAGAACAAGAAUACGGCGGCCCAUUGACUCCCAGUCCAGCGCAUACGCCAAUUAAGCGAUCAAAUGUCAACACGCCAGCGAGCGGUAGAGGCGACUCGCCAGCGCGAAACGCAUCCGAUGCUCUACAGGCCAGCAUCAACGGGGUGAAGAAGGAGACGGAUCGCGAUACUCCAAUGACCGAUGCGCCGACCACGACCCCAGCACCAACUUCUGGCGGUUUCACUGCGAUCAACUCUGGAGGUUUUACCGCGGUUAAUUCGGGAUUCACCAGUGUCAACCGCAGUACCAAUGGUGACUCGAAGAGCUUUACUCCUGAAUCUAAGCGAUUCGACAGCCCAAGCUCCUCGGCAAAGAACACCCCAGACAACCGUGCGUCGAGCCUCAUGGCUACAGCCCUGAAGCGUCAGCUCAGCUGCGACAGCUCAUCAGACUCGACGAGAAAAGACGCCGACGCUGGUAAAGACGAUGGCGACGCGGGUAGUCGUCGUUCUAAGCGUCUCAAGAAAGAUGCCGUCCCCACUGUGGCUGGAUCACACAUGACGCCAUUCCGUCCAUCAGUGCCGAGGAUUCCUAGAGAUGAAGCUACACCAGGAGGCGAGAAAUGCGAAACAUGUGCAAGAGGAGAAGAUGCGGGCUCUCUUCUCGUCUGCGAAUCUUGCGAUCACUCCUAUCAUCCCGGUUGUCUAGACCCACCCUUGAAGCGAAAGCCGGAUGCUGAGUGGAAUUGCCCCCGAUGCCUCGUUGGAGAUGGCCAGUUCGGCUUCGAAGAGGGAGGCUUGUACUCUCUGAAGCAAUUCCAGCAAAAGGCAAACGACUUCAAGCAAGGCUACUUUGAAAAGAAGAUGCCCUUCGACCACGAACUCAACUGUCAUCGACCCGUCACUGAGGAAGAUGUGGAGACGGAGUUUUGGCGAUUGGUUGCUGAUCUUGAAGAGACGGUUGAAGUCGAAUACGGAGCCGAUAUUCAUUGCACAACCCACGGCUCUGGGUUCCCUACUGCCGAACGACACCCCAACAACCCGUAUGCGACCGAUCCUUGGAAUCUGAAUGUCCUUCCAUUCCACCCCGAGAGUCUGUUUAGACACAUCAAGUCGGAUAUUUCUGGUAUGACCGUUCCCUGGGUCUAUGUUGGGAUGAUCUUUUCGACAUUCUGCUGGCACAACGAGGAUCACUACGCCUACUCAGCCAACUACCAGCAUCUCGGCGCGACCAAGACCUGGUACGGCAUUCCAGGAGAAGAUGCCGAAAAGUUCGAGGCUGCCAUGAGAGAAGCCGUGCCCGAGCUUUUCGAGACACAGCCAGAUCUCCUCUUCCAGCUGGUGACGCUCUUGACUCCUGAACAGUUGAAGAAGGCGGGCGUUCGCGUGUAUGCCCUCGAUCAGCGAGCUGGACAGUUUGUCAUUACGUUCCCUCAAGCCUACCAUGCUGGUUUCAAUCACGGAUUCAACUUCAACGAGGCCGUCAACUUUGCACCUAGUGAUUGGGAGCCCUUCGGCCUUGCGGGUGUGGAGCGAUUGCAGCUGUUCCGAAGGCAGCCAUGCUUUUCUCACGAUGAGCUGCUCUGGACAGCUGCUGAAGGAAGCACGGCAGCCGGUCUCACGAUCCAGACAGCGAAAUGGCUAGCACCAGCCCUUGAGCGCAUUCACAAGCGAGAGAUUUCCCAGCGGGAGGAAUUCUUGUCCAAGCAUGGCGAGACAUCACCCCAUCAAUGUCAUGCCACAGGGGGCAGCGAAGACACUUGCCCUUUGACUUUCAAGGUUGACGAUGAGGACGUCCAGGAUGAGGAAGAGCAAUGCUGCAGUUACUGCAAGGCGUUUUCCUAUCUUUCACGCUUCAAGUGCCUCGCCUCAGGCAAGGUUCUCUGUCUGCUACAUGCCGGCUAUCAUGCCUGCUGUGAUCAACCCGAGCCAGCGCGUUUCCGAGGCGAUGGACAUGUUCUCAUUUAUCGCAAGACCGAAGAGGACAUGGCUGAAACCUACCACAAGGUUAUGGAGAAGGCCCAGACUCCCGAGGCUUGGGAAGAAAAGUAUGAGAAGAUCCUAGACGAGGAGUCUACGCCAUCACUCAAGACCCUCCGAGCCAUUCUUCAUGAGGGUGAGCGCAUCCCAUAUGAGCUGCCUUCACUACCGAUUCUACAGGAGUUUGUCAACCGAUGCAACGACUGGGUGGAGGAAGCGACAAACUACACUGUCCGAAAGCAACAAAACCGACGGAAGAACGAAAAAGCCUGGCAGUCUGGAAUGCGAAAAUCCAUCGGUAGCGCCGAGCAUGAUCAAAAGGAGAGAGAGUCCCGAAAUGUCUCCAACAUUUACAGACUCCUCGACGAGGCAGAGCGGAUUGGUUUCGACUGCCCUGAAAUCGCUCAACUUCAAGAGCGCGCUGAAGCCAUCAAGCGCUUUCAGACAAGUGCCAUGCAAGCUCUGAAGAACACGGCAGCGGUGCCAGAAGACACAAUCGAGGAGCUUCUUGAAGAGGGUCGCAGCUUUAAUGUGGACACGCCCGAGGUCGAGCAGCUUUCCAGGGUGCUGGAGCAAAUGCGCUGGAAUGCAAAGGCUCGAGCCAACCGAAGUGUCAUCAUGACGCUGAAGGAGGUGCAGGAUCUGAUCGAAGAGGGAAAUCGACUCGAGAUUCAGCCGUACAACGACCACCUAACUCACUACCGCGAGCAGAUGCAUGCUGGACAAGCCUGGGAGAAGAAGGCAAAGGAGCUCAUUGGUGCCGAGUUUGUGCACUAUCCCCAGCUUGAGGCCCUCUCGCAUCAAGUGCAGGUCAAUUACUUGCCCGUCUCGCAGGAGACUCUGAAUGCUGUCGACAACAUCCUCCACAAGCAACGCGAAGCCCAUCGUCAGAUCCUUGACAUUACCGAACGAUGCCGGAACCCCGACUUUCGCCAACGACCUAAGUACUCGGAGGUGGUCGAAAUCCAGAAGAAGUUGGAGGAUCUCAACUCGAAGCCCAAUGGAACGAUUGAUCUCGAAAACGAGCGAAAACGCCACGAGGACUGGAUGCGAAAGGGCAAGAAGCUGUUUGGCAAGUCGAAUGCGCCACUGCACAUCCUCAAGAGCCACCUCGAAUAUGUGCUGGAGCGCAACCAGGACUGCUUCGAUACCGAAAACGACACGCCUCGUCUGCCCGGGGAGCCAGUCUCCAGAGAGGUUAGCCCUGAACCAGGGGUGAGUAGAUGGGAAGACCCGCGGUCUCGGCAAGUCUUUUGCAUCUGCCGAAAGAUUGAGGCAGGCAUGAUGAUUGAGUGCGAAUUGUGCCACGAAUGGUAUCACUACAAGUGCCUCAAGAUUGCCCGUGGCAAGGUCAAGGAAGACGACAAGUACACUUGUCCUAUCUGUGACUGGCGAAUGAAGAUUCCUCGAGAUGCUUCACGACCAAAGCUGGAGGAUCUAGUGGCUCUAUCGGACGAGAUGCCCUCUUUGCCUUUUCAGCCUGAAGAGGAAGAGGUGCUACGCAAGAUCAUUGACAAUGCGCAAAACUUCCGCAACCACAUUGCCAGGUACUGCAAUCCACUUUUGUCGACGGAAGCCGAGGCCGAGACUCAACGGUUCUACCUCCGAAAGAUCGAAGGGGCCGAAGUCUUGCUGGCGUAUGAGACGAACUUCUUCCGCCAAGAACUCCACAAAUGGUGUCCCGUGGCUCCUGAGGCUCCACCAAUACUAGAGGUGUCACUGAGCACUCGAAAGCCUCGGCCCACCAAGCUGCAGAAGAUGCUUGUCGAGUAUGGAGUCGAUAACCCCGACGACCUCCCUGAGCACGCCAAAGGUAAGGCCAACAGCCUGCGACGAAAGGCGGCCAAUGCAGAGGCGGCUGCUGCUGCUGCUGCGCAGUCACAAUCCGCCCCGAUCUUGCCUCCAAGUACGGCUUCUGGAGCGUAUGCAGGCCCAGCAUUCUUUCCCAGGACAGGGGCGACUUUGAGCGGUAGUCCUCCGACUCACGGGCACCCAGAGCGUCGACCCUCGCAGUCUGGCUCAAACCACUCGAGGGAUAAUUCAGUCAGCAUGGGUAGUGGGCUACACCCUGGUCUGUUUGGAGCUGGCGGUCCACAGUUGGUUGUUGGCAACUCUUCCAUGUCUCUGGAGGAAAAGCUUCUGCAAGGUCAAGACGACGGCAUCAGCUUUCACACUGAGGCUGAAAAGAGUAAGGCUCUUGAAAUCCUCUCGAGGACGGAGAUGGGCAGAAAGCAAGCCGAAAAGAUGUGGGGACCAGACGUUUGGGGACCUCGUCGUGGCUCUAUGGGUGAUGGAGGAAGACGCAUGACUCCAAAUCCCAUGGACGACGAUAUGAUGAAGCAAGAGGACGGCAACGUGGACCAGAUGUUCAAGGAGAUGACGAACCAAGACGAGGAGGACGACAAGAAGAAGGAUGCAAGUGGUGAUGUUCAUAUGACGACGGCAUCCCUAGAAAAGGAGAGAAACGGCAUGGACGCGCUCCUAGACGGCGCGUAA